GUUUUGCGAUUAUUGGGUUAGGUUGUAACCCAGUUAUCUAUAUAUUCAAGAUGGUUUCGUAACAGCCUCUCCAUCGCUACCUAUGCAUGUCAUCAUGAAUUUCGAUAGCUUGGACCCUGCCCUGGCAGAGUAUGCACCUGCACUUCAUGCACCCUUGGACCCAGUCCUUGAUCCACAUUUAAACCCCAACCUCUUGCAGCCUGUGGAGCUUGAUCAUGAUGGGGUGGGACUGGAUGGACUCUCUGUGCAAGACAAUGUGGGUCUCAUGGAUGGAAUAUACUCUGAACUUCAUAGUGCUGUGUCUGAAGUUGGAGUUCCUAUCUCUUCUGCGCAUUUUGAUGUCCAUGAAGAAAUGCUAUGGGUCGGCAACCAUGGAGGCCAUGCUACCUCGUUCUUCAGUCCUGCUCUUGAAAGAUACUCCUCCUUCCAAGUGCAUGCCUCUAACGACAUCCGCCAGAUUCAAAGUUUAGAGUCUGGGAUUAUGUUCCUCACCAAAAACAAUCUGAAGUAUAUGACUCGUGGGGGGCUUAUUAUUUUUGACUACCUGAUGGAUGAAAGUGUGGACAACCACAGCCUCCUGCUCACAGACAACAGCACCCUGCUUAUGGGAGGCAUGCAAAGCCAUGUGAUACAGAUGGACCUGAACACGGUGCAGGAGACUCAAAGGUAUACAACAGAGGUUCCUGGAAUUACAGUCAUGAGGCAGUCCAAUCGCUUCUUUUUCUGUGGCCACUCGUCAGGAAAGUUAUCCCUACGGGAUCUUCGCACGUUCAACGUGGAACAUGAGUUUGAUGCAUAUUCUGGAAGCUUGUCUGAUUUUGAUGUUCAUGGAAACCUUGUGGUAACCUGUGGUUUCUCAAGUCGCAUGAAUGUACUGACUUGUGACCGUUUCCUGAAAGUAUAUGAUCUACGCAUGAUGCGGGCUAUCACUCCUCUUCAAGUCCACGUGGACCCUCUUUUUCUGCGCUUUGUUCCAACUUACACUUCUCGACUAGCGAUCAUCUCGCAACGGGGUCAAUGCCAGUUCUGUGAGCCCACUGGUCUUGCCAGUCCUGCAGACAUCUUCCAUGUCAGUACUGUAAGCCAAGCUAUUAUGUCAUUUGAUGUCUCCUCUAGUAAGCAGGUGUUUGCUUUUGGAGACUCUGAUGGUUGCGUUCACCUUUGGUCAGCCACUCCUGAUGCAACUUUCAACACAUACUCUCGUGACUCAGAAUUUGCAUUACCCUGCAUGGUGGACAACCUACCACACCUGGACUGGACACAGGAUCUUCUACCACUCUCGCUUAUUCCUAUGCCUCUGAUCAACGAGACCCUUCUCUCAGAUUGGCCUGCUGCUAACUGUACUCCAGCUCCUAGACGUGCUCCUCCAGUAGACCCUGAGAUCUUGCGCAACAUGAAGCAAGUUGGCUUUAUUGGUUACUCUCCCAACCCUAGAACAAAACUUCGGAACCAGGUACCAUAUCAACUGGAUAGUGAAUAUGACAACUUUAACCAAGUUCCAGAAUCUCCAAUCGGGCGAGAGGAGGAACCUCAUCUUUAUAUGGUCCCAAAAAAGUACCGAAAGGUAACUAUUAAGUAUUCAAAGCUUGGACUUGAAGACUUUGACUUUAAACACUACAACAAAACGUUGUUUGCAGGGCUAGAGCCUCACAUUCCUAAUGCCUACUGCAAUUGCAUGAUACAGGUGAUGUAUCUGCUGGAACCGGUCCGGCGCCUGGUCCAAAACCACCUCUGCCAGAAAGAGUUCUGUCUAAGCUGUGAAUUGGGCUUCCUGUUCCACAUGUUGGAUUUGUCACGGGGUGACCCCUGCCAGGCCAGUAAUUUCUUGCGUGCAUUCCGAACCAUUCCUGAGGCAGCAGCCCUUGGCCUUAUUCUGGCUGAUUCCGAUGAAGCCACUGGAAAAAUGAAUAUAGGCCGCCUGAUUCAGAGCUGGUGCCGUUUCCUUCUCACCCAGCUUCAUCAAGAGACACAGGAACUUGAAGGACCGCAAGCUUAUAGAGGAGCUGGAAAUACUAGCUCGUUUGCAUCUCCAGGAGGCUCUGUAAUCGGUCAGCUGUUCGGAUGUGAAGUAGAAAACUGCAGCAUGUGCCGGUGUGGCAAAGAAACAGUGCGUGUUUCUACAACUCUUCUUUUCACCUUGUACUACCCAGACCUCCACAAUAACGAUAAAGCCCCCCAGGACACUGAGUUUGUGGAGGUGCUCAGAAGAAGCAUUUGUCUCGAGCAGAAUACACAAGCCUGGUGUGAGAAUUGUGAAAAGUAUCAGCCCACGGUUCAGACCCGUAACAUUCGCUGUCUUCCUGAUGUUCUUGUUAUAAACUGUGAGGUGAACAGCUCAAAGGAGGCAGAAUUCUGGAGGGUGCAAGCAGAGUAUGCUUUUAAAAAAGCCUUGAGAAAAGCGGAGUUAAUGUUUCCUCCUCCUCCUCCUCCCCCUCCCAAGGAGCCCAGCAUAGGACAAUGGGGUGAACCUGGUCCUGAUGCAUCGGCACCUUUCAUCCCUUCAGUUGAAGAACUUCGUAAUGUUUGGAUUCCUUACUCUCUCAAGAUGAAACUUUCAAAAAACAAAGAGCUUGAGGUUCUGAACUGCACAGAGGCUGAGGAGCCAAGCCAGUCAGAGGAAGACACGGAUGAAGCAACAAAUGUGUAUGACCUUAUGGCAACCGUUGUUCAUAUCCUGGAUCCACGCACCGGUGGCAGUCUUGUGGCGCACAUCAAAGUGGGAGAGACCUACCACCAAAGGAAAGAGGGUGUUACACACCAGCAGUGGUACCUUUUUAAUGAUUUUCUCAUAGAACCAGUGGAUAAGUGUGAAGCUGCACAGUUUGACAUGUCUUGGAAAGUCCCAACUAUUUUAUUCUAUGCCAAACGAAAUCUGAAUUCAAAGUACAACUUGACAAUUAAAAACCCAAUAGAAGCAAGCGUGUUGCUGGCAGAGGCUUCUCUUGCUAGGAAACAGCGGAAAUGUCAUGCCACGUUUAUUCCACUAUUACUAAAUGAGAUGCCGCAGGCAGGGGAGCUGGUGGGGCUCGAUGCAGAAUUUGUUACACUUAAUCAGGAGGAAGCUGAACUUCGAAGCGAUGGUACAAAGUCCACCAUAAAACCCAGUCAAAUGUCUGUGGCACGGAUCACCUGCGUUAGGGGCCAAGGACCAAAUGAGGGAGUACCAUUUAUUGAUGACUACAUCUCCACACAGGAACAGGUAGUGGAUUACCUCACACAGUACUCCGGCAUUAAACCAGGUGACUUAGAUGCCAAGAUCUCAUCCAAGCAUUUGACAACCCUCAAAUCUACCUACCUAAAGUUAAGGUUCCUAAUUGAUGUGGGGGUCAAGUUUGUUGGACAUGGACUGCAGAAAGACUUUAGAGUGAUAAACCUGAUGGUGCCAAAAGACCAGGUGAUCGACACAGUGUAUUUGUUUCACAUUCCACGCAAGAGGAUGAUUUCGCUUCGUUAUUUGGCCUGGUACUUCCUUGACCUUAAAAUCCAAGGGGAGACACAUGACAGCAUAGAGGAUGCACGGACUGCUCUGCAGCUAUAUCGCAAGUACCUGGAGCUGAGCCGGAAUGGAACAGAGCCAGAAAAUUUCCGCAAGGUUCUAAAAGGGCUGUAUGAAAAGGGACGUAAGAUGGACUGGAAAGUUCCGGAGCCAGAGAAUCAGAACAGCCCAAAAAAUGCGCCAGUGUAUUCUGCUAUGAUGGGACUUUAGUGUCUUUUUUUUUUUGUUUUCCUUUUAAUGGAUUUUUUAAAGUGGAAGCUACGCUCCAUUAAUAUUUUUAUUGCUGUUCUUUUUUUUUUUUUUUUUGUAAUGAAGCCGUUCUGUGAACGCAGACAGACCAAAUUUUAAUUAAAUAAAGACUUCACAUGGUUGCGUGUCUUCACGUUA